AUGAAGGCCGUCACGUAUGCCGCUUUGCUGUUGGGUGCUCUGUCCACCGCUUUGGGGCAGACCACGGCCGAUCCUGGACCAUCUCCCACCGAGUCCAUCGGCUGUGUGCCUCACAAUGACCACUGGGACUGUGAGGGACCCAGGGUCACCGAUGCUGUCGUGACUACCGGGACGGCCACUGGCGUGGCUCCUGUAGUCACCACGGGUGCAGCUCACCAUGAUCACGACAGUGAUGGUGAUGACCAUGACCAUGAUCAUGACCACACCGACGAUGAGGAUGACCACACUGAUGCUCCCGGCACUGGUAGCAUCAAGCCCAGCCCUACCGAAUCAUAUGGAUGUGAGGCUCAUGGAGAUCACUGGCACUGCGAUGGUCAUCGUACUGCUUCGUCCACUCUUAUCGUCGUCACUACUACAAACACCGGCGCCGACUCCGAGGCCGCCACCACCUCCUCCACCUCGACUGCUGGCGCUGCCCAGAUCACUGGCCUCAGCCUUGCCGCCGGUGUUGCUGCCAUCGUUGCCAUGGUUCUCUAA